AAUUCCAGUUCAAUUAACCAUAAAUGAAAGGGUUUGUUUCUGGACUCUCACUUUUAUUCCACUGAAUUUUAUGUCUAUCUUAAUUCUAAUACCACAGUUUCUUAAUAAUGGUAGCUUCAUAGUAAAUUUCGAAAUUGGGAACUGAGUCCUCCGACUUUGUUCUUUUUCAAGAAUGUUUUGACUAUUCUGGGUCUCUUGAUUUCCAUGUGAAUUUUAGGAUUGUUCACAAGACCACCAAGGUAGUAUUUCUGGAAGUACAUCUGGAGGAACUGGGUGUACAGGGGAUACAUCUGCAUCAUCCUGACCAUUCUUCUGUCGUCAGAGCUAGAACACAGCUAGGAGGCAAUGUAUUCAAUCUGGCUGCAACCCUUUGCCUGCUCUUUGUUUUCAAGCCCAGGAUUUAGUACCAAGAGUACAAGUUCAGGGACCUAACUGUGGAAGAACUAAAGAACGUAAAUGUGUUUUUCCCACAUUUUAGAUAUUCAAUGGACACCUAUGUUUUUAAAGAUAGUUCCCAGAAAGACCUGCUGAAUUUCACUGGCACUAUUCCUGUGAUGUUUCAGGGUAAUACGUAUAACAUACCAAUUCGUUUGUGGAUUUUGGAUUCUCACCCUUUUGCUCCCCCCAUUUGCUUCUUGAAGCCAACUGCAAAUAUGGGAAUCUCAGUUGGAAAACAUGUGGAUGCUCAAGGGAGAAUAUACUUGCCCUACCUCCAGAACUGGAGCCAUCCUAAAUCUGUAAUUGUUGGAUUAAUUAAGGAAAUGAUUGCCAAGUUUCAAGAGGAACUUCCCCUGUAUUCUUUAUCAUCAUCUGAUGAGGCACGGCAAGUAGACUUGCUAGCCUAUAUUGCAAAAAUCACUGAAGGUGUCUCAAACAUAAAUUCAAAGAACUGGGCAAACCAUGAGAAUAAAACAGUCAAUAAAAUUACUGUGGUUGGAGGUGGAGAAUUGGGUAUUGCCUGCACAUUAGCAAUUUCAGCAAAGGGCCUUGCAGACAGGCUGGUUCUCCUAGACCUCUCAGAAGGAACUAAAGGUGGGGCGAUGGACCUUGACAUAUUCAACCUGCCUAAUGUGGAGAUCAGCAAAGAUUUGUCUGCCUCUGCUCAUUCCAAGGUGGUGAUCCUCACGGUCAACUCUUUGGGUAGUUCUCAGUCCUACCUUGAGGUGGUGCAGAGCAAUGUGGAUAUGUUCAGAGCCCUUGUUCCAGCUUUGGGACAUUAUAGUCAACACAGUGUCCUGCUUAUUGCAUCUCAGCCAGUGGAAAUCAUGACCUAUGUGACAUGGAAACUGAGUUCAUUUCCUGAAAAUCGAGUGAUUGGAAUUGGAUGUAAUCUAGAUUCACAGAGAUUGCAAUAUAUUAUUAAAAAUGUUUUGAAACAACAGACUUCAGGAAAAGAAGUAUGGGUUAUUGGUGAGCAAGGAGAAGACAAAGUUUCCACAUGGGGUGGCCAAGAAGCCCUGAGCCGUAACUUUCAGGUGCAGCUGUCCAACAGAGCCAUGGAGCUGUUAAGGGUAAAAGGUCAAAGAUCCUGGUCUGUCGGACUAUCAGUAGCUGACCUGGUUGACAGUAUUAUAAGUGAUAAAAAGAAAGUGCAUUCUGUAUCAGUUUUAGCAAAGGGAUAUUAUGAUAUAAAUAGUGAAGUGUUUUUAAGUUUGCCUUGCAUCCUGGGAAGCAGUGGGAUAUUUGAAGUCAUUAAAACCACAGUGAAAGAAGAUACAGUGACUGAGAAACUCCAAAGCAGCGCAUCAUCAAUCCAUAGUCUGCAACAACACUUAAAACUUUGAUUCUAAAGUGCACAGUUGCCUAAAAGGAAAGGUCAUCUAAUUUUGCCAAUGAAUACAGGGUUGAGAACUUCUGGAUCUUAAUUUACUUAUCCUUACAAACUGCUUGAUCAUGGUAGAUGGUUUCUUGGUUAGCUUUGUAAUUUAAAUACUUUGGGAGUUAUAUAAGGAGAGGGAAAAAAUCUUAUUUUCAAUGGUUUUCUUGUGAUAUCUAUACCAUUAUUUAAAUUUACAGCAGCGAUAAACAUUCAUCGGAAAUGUGCACUAUUUUAAAUGGUGUAUCAUAAAUUAAAGGUACAUUCAGUGCUUUGGGAAUAUUUUGCAAAUGAUGUUUUAAAAAGAAAAUUAUUCUUUGACUUUUAUAAUAACAUGAUAAGCCAAAGGCCCAGUAUGAUUCUCAAAAUCAAAAGAUGCACAGCUUAAGGUAGACUAUUAAUGUUUCUUUUGCAACAUAUAAUUGAUAGUAAUGAUAAAGCAUUUUAUUUUCCGUUUUCAAUUUAAUUAACUACAAAAAACGGAAAAGAACUUUACAUGAAGUUUAAAAUAGUGAAAGGGAAAGUAAAUUCCAGCGAGACUUCCCUUUCUGAAAUUUCCUAUAACCUAUUUUGGGCUAUAUAACACCUUUAGUAUCUUAUAAACUAACUGUAAUACUAGUAGAACCGUAGAGAGGUGUGUAUUUUAAAUGGAGAUAGAUUUUAUGAAUGAAAAUUAAACAUUUUACUUUAAAGCUAAAAUAUGAGGUUUUCAUAAAAACCCCUGGUCUUUGGGAGGGGUUGAAUGGACUGAUGGUUCUGAGCACAUCAUUUAACCACUCCUGAAGAAAGCAGAGUACAUAUCCUUUGGUGAUAGGUCAAUAGCAAUAUCUUCAUAAGUGAAAGGUAACAUAUUAUUACCAUUAUGAUAUACAACUAAUAGUAACAUCUAACAUUAAUACUAAUAUAUUAGGCAGUGUUUCAAUUUUAUUGAAUCCUCAUAAUAAUGCAAUGAGUUAGGGAGUAUUACCAUUGUCACUUUAUAGAGGUAGAAAUCGAAGUUUAGUGGUCAAGAUCUCAUGGCUAUUAAGUGCAAACAACCUCUACUUUUUCAAGACACUAGAAAGGGGAAAGGCCUAAUAAUCAGAAUAGUCACCACAAGACCCUAAAGCUGGGGUUCUGUAUACAAUGGGAGGAUUGUUUCCAUUCUCAUGUAGGGGCCUACUUUUUUUUUUUUAAUUAAUAUUAUUAUUAUUAGAAAGAUUGGUUCCCUGGCUUCCCAGACCUGUCCUCAGCAAAUAGCAAAGGGGCCGGGGGUAUGCCCUGAGAUGGGCAUUUAUUUAUUUAGUUAUGCAGCUAGUAUUGUUUGGGAGCCUACUAUAUACUAGACACCGUAUUAGACACUGCACAUGCAAUGGUGAGGAAACUCAGACAAAUCCUUGUGGUGCUAACAGUUUAGUAUGGGAGACACAGUAAUCAAAUAGUUUCAUAAAUAAAUGUACAACUGCAAAUGUAAGAAGAAUUGCGAAGAAGUUGAAGAUGUUUUGAAAGAUAUGAAGAUAUGAUAGGGGAAUUGAAACAUAGGUUAGACAGGAGCCAGAUGGCUUGUAAGGGCAGACAUUUCCUAGAUAGGGAAGAAACAGUUAAACUAACACCAAUAGAACAUCAUAAGUGAUGUUUAUAAUGAUGAGCUUAAAUCAUAAGGAAAAGGUUAUAUUCAGUAUCACAUGUUUAAGAAAGUAGAGAAAUAUAUUUAAUGUGCUUAGAAAGAUUUCUACCAGAAUUGGCUAGGAUCAAAAAUCUUGGAUAUUUGAGGAAUAAGAAGAAAUAAACAUUAAUUAUAUAUAAUCCCACUACAGAGGUAGAUAAUUUUGGUGUUACUCUAACAAUUUAUCCUUUUGGAUGAAACAGGAAAGUAAAACUGAAAUAACCAGUUCUUAUGCUUUUAAACUAGCCAUUUCUAAUAUCUGUUGAUGCUCUUGAACAAUAACCUACCCACGUUAUUGUAUAAUAGGUAAAUUACCGAGUUCACUAAAUUAAUUAUAAAAAGAACACAUCAAUACAGCAAACAUUUAUUGAGCGCCUACUGUUGUUCCAAAUAGUUAGAAUCUGUGUAUUCAGAGUUGAGUAAUAUACAGUCUUUGCCCUCCAGAAGCUUACAAUAUGGAAGAUUUACUGUCGAUCCUCAUGAUUCAUGGAUUCCAUAUUUGCAAAUCUGCUUGCUAAAAUUUAUUUGUAACCCUGUAAUGGUUAGGUUGAUGUGUCAACUUGGCCAGUUGAUGGUGUCCAGGUGUCUGUUCAAGCAAGCACUGGCCUAACCAUUACUGCAAGGACAUUUGUG